GUAUGAAAUUAGACGGAGCCCAGUUUAGAAAUGCCGUGACUUCUACCGGAAGUAAAUAACGUCCCUUUACUCGAAGAAUCCACGUGCUUGUGUUUUGACAAAUUCGUGAGAUUAUUGCACACAGAAAAUGGUUAUCCGAAAGAGAAAGUAUGAAAGCGGAACGGCCACUGCCUACAUGUCUAGGAACAAGGCCAUCAAGAAGUUACAGCUCAGCCUCCCAGAUUUCAGACGCUUGUGUAUCCUCAAGGGCAUCUACCCCCAUGAACCUAAGCACAAGAAGAGGGCCAACAAAGGAAGCACUGCACCCAAAACAUUCUACUUUGUCAAAGACAUCCAGUUCCUGUCACAUGAACCAAUCAUCAACAAGUUCCGGGAGACGAAGCAUUUUGUGAAGAGAUUGAAAAAAGCUAUUGAAAAGAAAAAUUCAAAUGCUGUUCGUCGUAUCCGAGCCAACAGACCAAAAUACAAACUGGAUCAUGUCGUUAAAGAAAGAUACCCGACGUUUGUGGAUGCACUGCGCGAUGUGGACGACUGUCUGUCCAUGUGUGCCCUCUUCGCCACUUUCCCCAAGUCAUCCAAGACACACAUUGAGUUUAUACGGCUCUGUCGUAGACUUACAGUGGAGUUCAUGCACUUCGUGAUUGCAUCAAAGUCACUCAGAAAGGUGUUCAUCUCCAUCAAGGGAAUCUACUACCAGGCUGAAUUCCAUGGCCAGACAAUCACGUGGGUCACUCCACACAGGGUCGGCUUUCAGGGUCAAGCCCCCGACGUUGACUUCAAAAUCAUGCAGAUAUUUGUGGAGUUCUACACAACGUUAUUAGGAUUCAUCAACUACAAGUUAUACAGCUCCCACAACAUUCACUAUCCUCCAGAGCUGGCUCUGGAAGGAGAGAAGAAUGAAGGAGAGAAGAAUGAAGAAGACACGAAGGAGAAGUGCCUCGAGUCCGAGCAGCGGGAGGAGCGUCUGGCAGCAUUCACUCAGUCGCUGCAGACAGUGGGAAGUCCAGACCUGGAUGAUCACCUGAUCGAUGACUUCCCUACAGCAGUGUCUGAUGACCCAGACGUGGUGGAGAAGGCCCAGGUGGAAGCAGACAACAUCAAGAAGCUCCAGAGUCUGUUUAAAGGCUGCAAGUUCUUCCUCAACAGAGAGGUGCCCAGGGAGACGCUCACCUUCAUCAUCAGGUGUUUUGGAGGAGAAGUGUCGUGGUUCAGUUCCAUCGCUGUUGGGGCUACUUAUCCAGAGACUGAUGAGACUAUCACGCACCAGGUGGUUGACAGACCCAAGAUGGACAACCAGUACUUGUCUCGGUACUACAUCCAACCCCAGUGGGUUUUCGACAGUGUGAAUGCCUGCAUGCUCCUCCCAGUGGAGGACUACUUUAUCGGCGUAGUGUUACCACCUCAUCUCUCACCAUUUGUGGAUGAAGACGAAGGGGACUACAUUCCACCAGAAAAACAGAAGAUCCUUGACAAGCAGAAAGGAGUUGAUUCAGGUGUUGGGGAUGAGUCAGAAGAUGAGGAUGAAGACGAUGAAGAGGAUGAAGACAAGGGGGAUGGAGAAGAAGAAAGCGAUGAAGAAGGUGAGGACAAUGAACGCAGUGAUGAAGAAGAAGAUGAUGAGUCUGGGGAGGAAGAUGAUGGAGAGGAGGAAGAUGAUGGAGAGGAGGAAGACGAUGAUGAAGAGGAAGAUUCAGAUGAAGAAGAGAGUCCCAGCAAGGCCAAGAAGAAGAAGCCUGAACCAGAGGUGAAGAAAGCAAAGCCGAUGUCUGUGCAGCGGGGCCGUGUGGAGGAGGUGGAUGUUAAGGCGAAACUGAUGAGACAGGAGGCCGAGGAGCGUCGUCUGGCAGAGAUGAUGAUUCCCAAAAAGAAGAAGCGACUGUACCAGAAGAUCAUGUAUAAACGCAAGAAGCAGAAGCAGGAGGCUCGUGUGCUGCAGGAGAAAAGGGAGAAGAUUGAGAAGUCAGAAAAGCAGGAGAAGAGGAAGAAGAAGAAGCUGACAGCAUGAAGCAGCUACACAUUGAUCACACUGGAACUGUGAUAAUGUGAACCACAAAACAAAUGUUCCUGCUCGAGCUAGAAUCUGGGAGUCAUUUAGUGUUUCCUUCGAAAUCUGAGAAUAUGAUGCUGCUGUUGAUGCAGGACCCUGUGAUGCAGGACAUCUGCAGCAGCGUCUGGAGCACUGAUGAACCCUGUCAGCCUGGGACUGGUUGUAGUGCCUUGUACAGAACUAACAAGUCAGUUUGGGAAUGGAAAUAAUGAUCACAGUGUUUCACAUGUGCACAGAAUAAUUUCAGAACUUUCACGUACUUCAUCCUAAAUGCAGUUGAAAAGUACUGUUAAGUCGUCAGCAUGAUCGUCCCAUGUUCUUGAUACAUUUCACUGAUUCAUGGAUGAAAACUGGUGUAUAUAUGACAGUGUAUAUUACUGAGUAAAUGUGAUAGAUUGUG